AUGUUGCAGCUCUUAGUACGAUUUCCACCUUCACUCCCCUUUCUUACUAAGUUUGAACGGUCCUUCACCUCAAAUGUAUUACUUGAAACGAGUUCAAAAUUGAAAAAUUAUCAGUAUGGAAGGACGAAUGGUCCCUCUUUGGUCUUCUCUGCCAAUUCGUUUUCUACUUCUGAGUCUAUUGAUUAUUCCUCUGGAAAAUUAAUUACAACACACGUUUCGUCCAUACGAUUUGAUAAAAUCAUCCGUAAGGGUUUGAAUAUAUCUCAGCUAGACUUUGAGAAGGCUUUUUAUGACCAAUUAUUUCGACUCAAUAAUGAGGUACUCCUUAAGAAGAGCCAGAAGGUCAAACAAUAUGACAUUUUGGAUUUGGUAAUUCGUGAAGUUGACGGCAAAAUCUUUGGCAAACGCACUGUUCUUGUUAACACUGAAGAGAAAUCAAAUGGUUUUAUUAUGUACUCAUCUUGCCAAAAAAUAUGGUCAAGACCGCCAAUAUUUUUGUUUCUCUGUGUAUUAGUUCUGUGUGUAGCACUUCUUACUGGUUCGCUUAUCAAGUUUCAAGCAGCGGACUCAAUUCCCGAUCCUGACGUUAAAACCAAUUCGGCUAAAAUGCUGCACACAUUUUCUGAACUUGAAUUCUGCAGUGAACCAUGGACAAGUUCAACAAGACAAUUCCAACUCACUGAUGCAUUUUUACUCAAUCUCGACAGCUCAAAAUCUGACGUUGUUUUCUCUCGAAAUGUUCGUCUUGGUAUUAUAUAUACCUAUAAACCUGUUAGUUCCAAAAGCAAACCACUUUUUGCUCAAAUGCGAGGGAGUCAUCUUGGGUUUACUGGCAGUGAUGCCUUUGAGAAAAUAAAUGUCUCUCUUUUGGUCCCUGAUUUCGAUCCAAACGACCCACCUUGCAAUGGUAAGCACUGCGUAAAACACAGCUUUGAUAGCUGUCUCUCACUUGCAGCGCCGACAAAACUCUUUCCUCAUUUUCAUGAUCACGAGCCCUGCACUGCGAAACAAUUAGAGUACCUUCGAGCGAAUAGCUCUGCUCGUUUAAUGUGGCAGAAGAAAUUUCAUUUGGUUGAUCGGCAAAGAUGUCGAGGGCAUAUCACUUGGGAACCCAAACUCUAUGGAGAAACGCCUCUUAUGCCAACCCUUUCAACAGAAGAAAUCUGGUUAAUCUCGGUUCGUCUCAUGUAUAUAAUCGGCUUCCUCUUGAUAUUGAUACUCACCAUAUGCCUCGCAUUGAUGUGCAAAAGUUCUCCUGGUCAGGGCUACCGGGAACUUCGUGCUACAACAACAACAACAACACCAACUCGAUGUCGCCCUGCCGACCGCCACCACCAACCGAAGGCGUCACCAAAACACUGA